UGUUUCCUUUUCCUUGCCUGUAAUUUUCUAUCUUCUUUUCUGUGCAUUUUUGUCUGUUUGGUCCAUCCAUCCAUAAAUACACAUAUAUAUAUAUAUGUGCAGGUGUAAUAAAUUGAAUCUCUUUGAGCUGCUGUAGCAGGCAAUCAUGAUUUUGAUGGUGAAUUUUAUUUAUUAGUAUGUUUUUGUGAAGAAGAAGACCUCUCUCUCUCUCUCUCUCUCUCUCUCUCUCUCUCAAUCUCUCUCUCUCUCUCUUCUAAUCUCAUCUGUUUUAUUGCACUGCACCAACCCCUUCUUUAAUUCUCACUCUCCUUCUAUCUUUAGUGUGAGAGUAGAGAGAGAAAGAGACAGACAGACACAUUUAGCUAGCUAGGUUCUCUUAAAUUUCUUUAAUUCAAUGGUGUGAUAGUUGUUGGGUUUUUCUGCAUUUCUCUGAAUUGAAUUGAAUUGGAUCAAUGAAACUACAGAAAAAUCCCAAUCUGGGCUGCGCUAUGAAAUUAGGGUUUUGUUCUUCACCAUCAUCAUCAUCUUCUUCUUCAUCCCCUUUUGCCCUUUUGCCCUUUUCUCAUCUCCUAUGGCUAUUUCUUCUUCUCCUCCUCCUAAUAAUCUCCCAGCAAUCUUCUGCUGCCAUUUCCAACUUCACUAACAACACCUACAGACAGCAAAUCAGCAGCCUGAGACUUGCCAGGAUACAAAAGCAUUUGGACAACAUCAACAGACCUCCUGUCUUCACCAUUCAGAGCCCAGAUGGAGAUAUCAUCGAUUGCGUCCAUAAAAGAAAACAGCCUGCUUUAGAUCACCCCCUCCUCAAAAAUCACAAAAUUCAGAAAGUCCCACCAGAAAUGCCAAAGGGAAUGAGAGUGUUCGAAAACGACAACGUAAGAUUCAUUAACAAUAACACUAGGGUUUGGCAAACGUGGCACCGCCGGGGGCUGCGCUGCCCUAAGGGCACAAUUCCGGUCCGCCGGAGCACCGUCGAUGACGUCCUCAGGGCCAAAUCUCUCUACCAUUUUGGCAAGAAACGCCGGAAAUUCAACUUGCCGGCGGCGGCGGCCAUCCGCCGCCGUGUCGACGCCCCGGAUGUCGUCAGCGGCAAUGGCCACGAGCACGCGAUUGCGUACACGCAUGGCUCGGGAGAAGUGUACGGCGCAAAGGCGACGAUUAAUGUUUGGGAUCCGUCGAUAGAAGUCGUGAACGAGUUCAGCCUCUCACAAAUUUGGGUGUUGUCGGGUUCCUUCGAUGGCUCUGAUCUUAACAGCAUCGAAGCAGGCUGGCAGGUUAGUCCCGAGCUGUAUGGAGACAACCGGCCGAGAUUAUUCACCUAUUGGACGAGCGACGCGUAUCAAGCCACGGGGUGCUACAAUCUUUUAUGCUCGGGGUUCAUACAAACAAAUAGUCGAAUAGCUAUUGGCGCGGCCAUAUCACCAAUAUCUUCGAUAGGUGGGAACCAAUACGACAUUACCAUACUCAUAUGGAAGGAUCCAAAAUUAGGGAAUUGGUGGAUGGGCUUCGGAGAUAAUACAUUAGUGGGCUAUUGGCCCACGGAGCUUUUCACACAUUUAACCGACCGGGCCACUAUGGUCGAGUGGGGCGGGGAAGUUGUUAAUUCGCGGGCCAAUGACGAGCACACUUCAACCCAAAUGGGCUCGGGCCAUUUUGCCGAAGAUGGAUUUGGCAAAGCGAGCUACUUUCGAAACUUAGAGGUUGUGGAUGAGGAUAAUAGUUUGAGUUCUGUUCAUGACAUAUCGAUCUUAGCUGAGAAUACGAAUUGUUACAACAUCAGACGAUCGUAUAACAGUGAAUGGGGCACACAUUUUUACUAUGGUGGGCCGGGGAAAAGCUCGAAAUGCCCGUGAUUAUGUCGCCGGGGGCCCAAAGAUUCAAGCCCAAAUGCUAAAAUUUAAUUAUUUGUUAUUAUUAUUAUUGGUAGUAGUAGAAGAAGUAAUGUUGUGCUAUUUCCAACCAUGUUUUCUGCUGAUUUCCCACUUUUUCAUUGUUCCAAGUUUUGUCUUUGUGUAUGUACGUAUGUACUAAUAAGCAUCAAACAUGUAAGGAAAUGGCCUAAUUAUUAUGAUUAUUAUUCUAUC